UAAACUCGACUUACCUGUCAUACAUUCAACGGUACACAGUUGCACAAAUUAACAUGGUAAAACGUUUUAACGCACUAAUGACACUAUAAAAUAAUAGCAAUAACCUAUUGAUUAACAGUUUAAUAAUUGCGCACUGCAAGCAUCGAUCAAAUUAAAUUCGAAUUUCACACAAUAGUCACUUUAACCCCAAAAUGGUGCGUUACACUCAAAUGUCACUUAGAGAAUUUGAAGCACGUGCGCGGCGAUUGAACGUCAGAUACGGAAUGCACGAAACUCCUUUCGGCAAAUGCCAAUUAGGAUUGUCUGAUCUCGGAAUUUGCCAUCUAUCAUUCGAUCAUGUCAAUUAUGGCAAGGAAUCGAUGCCACCAAUGUGGCAUAAUGCUAAUUUCAUUUUGGAUCAAGAGUUAACAAAAGAAGUUCUUGACAAUAUUAUUAAAGGCAAAACUGAUGACAUUGAUAUUUUUAGUGUAGGAUCCGACUUUCAGCAUGAAGUAUGGAGGGCAUUGCUUGAAAUUCCUUAUGGUACAACUGUUUGCUACGAACAGGUUGCAAAGAUGAUUGGGAGGCCUAAGGCUGUUAGGGCUGUGGCCACUGCUAUUGGCCAGAACAAUAUUGGAUAUAUAAUACCUUGCCAUCGAGUGAUUUCUAAAACAGGAAAAAUAAACAAGUACAGAUGGGGAGCAGAUAUUAAAAGAAAAAUGCUUAUAUAUGAAAAUCCUGUACUAUUAAAAUCAUUCAACUCUUUAGCAUAAAAUUCAUUAUGUAAUCUGUUAUUUAAGGUGCAUUAUUUUAAUUCAAAACCAAGAAAAGUGAUAAAAACAUCAUACAACUGACUUAAAAUUCUCUACUCACAUUUAAGUUUCUCUACUCUUUCUUGUUAUUAUUAAUUUUAUUCUUAAUACUUAUUAUAUAUGAAAAAGUACUUGUAAUCAAGGUAUUUGAGAAAAUAUUCACAGUAGAACUUCGAUUAUCUGGACCUCAGUUAUACGGAUUUGCGAUUAUCCAGACUACCAACUGCGACUAAUUUAUAUGCAUGUACACACCUACAAUUCAAAUUUUUGCAUGAUUAAUGCUGCAGUUUAGUAUAUGUAUGUAAUGUAAAUUAAGAACAUAUAUAUGUACAUACAUA